AUGGGAAUUUUGAAUAAUAGAUGUGUGGACGUGUGUAGGAGCAAGGAAUAUAAUACUAAUUCUGAAUUGCAAGUGAUUUAAAAUAAAUAGAUUCCCUAAAGAAACUUUCAAUUAACAAAUGAAUAAUGUACUUAAAGGACAACCCAAAAAGGAACAAUCCUCCAAUAAGAUCCAGAUUAAUCGAUGGAAAUAAAGGAGGAAGAUUAAUCUAGUAAUCUUUAAAACAAUCCAGUACCAGCAUUUGUUUCUAACAAAUAAUUGCAUUAAUUCAUUGUUCCAAGGAGGGAAAACCGAUUUAUUUCAGAUAUAGAAAAUGAAGUCAAAGAAAAAAUAAAGAAAAUAUAAUAUUAGGAAAAAUUUGAGGCUCUAUAAAUGCACUAUUCCAAAUUAAAUCUUUAAUAAUAUCCAUAAAAAUUCCAUCAGUGUUCCUCCAAUGUUCCAAAUUAAAAUGAAUAAAUUAGUAAUUUGAAUUGUUUCUAAAGUUCAAGUUUAGUGAUUGAAAAACUAUAAAGCACACAAGUAGAAUGUAUAAGUGGGCCAAAAAAUGAGAGAAGAGGAAUAUUGAAAAGUAAUUCACCAAAAAAAUAAUCAAAGUCUUUUGAUACAAAUUCUGUAAAUUCUAACAAAAGAGUUCGUUUCUCUGGGGAUACAAAAUUCACCUCAGAAGAUGCUAUAUAACAAUUUUAAUGGAGAAAAUUAAGAAUUGAAUAGUGA